GCGUCGCCAUGGCGGCCAAGGGCCGAGCCGGCCAGCCGGCGGCGGCGCCGACCGGAGCCGAGAUGGGUUGCUGAGGCGAGAGAAUGAUCUCGCGAUAUACGCGGAAGCCGGUGCCCCCCGACGCCCUGGGGAUACGAGGACUGAAAAAUACCUUAGAACAUCAUCCCCUGCCAGACUCACUGGAUGAAAGUUACCCAUCUACUGAAAGCCAGGAAGAUAUUUCAAGUGAGUCGGAAAGUACAAAAGAUGCAAACUACCAGUCUGUCACUUCAGUGGAUGAUGGCAAUUCAUGGUCAGCAAGUCAGAGCUUCACAGGCACCUCCACAGAAGACAGCUCAGUCUUUUCUUGGGGCUAUGAUGAAUUUGAUAAAGCUGCUACCCGACAGGUUCAGCAGAUAUUCAGACACAUUGAUGAGCUUCUGUAUGAGCAAAAAACAAGUGUGUUUGUUGAAGGCCUAGAGGAAGAGUGCCAAGAAUGGAUGUCAAGCUUCCCCCAUCUCAGGAUUGUGGGAAAGCAAUUAGUGAUUCCUACAGAUGAAGGCUAUGGUUGGUAUUCUAGUUCAACCUGCAGCACUUUGGAGUCAUCAGAUAUGAGCCCAAUGCAAGAGAAGGAUCCUAGUGAGUUUAGUGUUCUAGGCAAAAAAGUUCCCUUCUCUGCUACUCCUGCUCAUAAAAAUCAUGUCCCUGAAUUCUGUUUAUGGGAGAGUGAAGAAGGAGAAGAUUGUGUGAUUGUCUGUGAAGGCAUCAUGGAGGAGUAUUUAGCAUUUGACUGCAGAGAUGUGGAAGAAGAGUUGCAUGAAUGGAAAAUGGGGCUUUCACCUGACAGACGGAAAUUAGGUUUCCCACCUAUCUCACCAUCCUACUGCAUGAGGGAUACUGUUCUUUCUUAUGUGUUUGAUGAUGUAUGGAGUGAAGUCUUGGGCUAUAUGGAGCAGCUAAUCUGUAGACACUGGGAAGGGUCAGUAUCAGAUGAUGAGAAGAAUGUUAUAACUGUAGAAUCAAGCCGGACAGAUUCAGGAAGCCCUUUUAUGCAAUUUGAGCCACUGCCAUUGUUGUUGCCUCGAAUGCCACAAACCAAGAUGCCCUCAAUCACUUCAAAUGUGUACUCAAAAUGCAGAUAUGGCCGCAAAACCAAAAAGAAGAGAAAAACACGAGAAGUACAGCUUUCUCAAGGAACAAGUGGUGGUGCACAACGUAAUUUGAAUGGCUUGAUGGUGAUUCAUGGAAUUCCGUUACAUCAAAGAAACUUGCCUCUAAUGGACAAAAUAUUAGAUGUGGAUGACAAAUUGCUCAUGAGACCAGGCUCCAGUUCUCUCCUGUCAACCCGAGCUCGGCCAAAUCGCCCACUUGAGCUCAGUACAUCUUCUCUGUCAUAUUCUGCACAGCCUGCUAGGAGACGGAACCCACCACCACGUACCCUGCAUCCUAUCAACCCCAGCCUUUCUCGCUCAGGGACACCAAAACCUAUGGAUGAAGUCAUCAGGGGAACACGACUCUCUGCUGCUAGCGAGCAGCUGUCAUCCUCUUCCCCAAUGCCACUGAGUAGAAACAACCUCCUGCCUCCCAUUAGUGCUAUAGAUGUGACAGAACAUUUGGGAUCCCAAAAGCAAACGAAAUCCCGGGGGAAUUCUAGCCGGGCUCACAGUGCAAUAGCAGAUGAAAUCAUUCAUCAACCAGUACAUGAGAGAUUUUUACUACCUGAUAGUUUUUCCAGGCCCAACACAUCACAUUCAUUUUGGCCAGACUCGCCGUAUCGUCGUUCUUGCACUGUAAUUGAUUAUGUUAACCAACCAAGAAAUAAUAAAGGAUCUUCUGGAACAGAUUCUAUUAACGUAGGAGUGAUGGGAGUCAGUUUAGGGAUAUCUAGCUCUUCCUAUAUUAAUUCUUUCCACCACCAGCCUCUUGGUCAUUUUCUUGAUGAGGAUGAGGAGGACAAAGAACAUCCUCCACUGGUAGGUCUUCAUUUACAUGGUUCUGUGAGAACUCACAGCCGAGGUGGGUCAAGAAGCAGACAGGGUCUAUAGAAUGUUAUGAGAAGACAUCACCCGGGUCCCAGAUGAAUGAGCAUCUACAGAAGCUUUGGAAAUCAGUAUUCAACAAUAAUAACACUAAACCUGUUUACAGAACACCAAAUCUUUCUUUACAGAAGAAUCUUAUUUUUGUAUAAACCUAGCCAGGUGCCAAAGACUACAAGGUUGUGUUGGAUUGUUUUCUCCUGUGGUCUAUUCUAUGGGAAGCUGAAAGCUUGAGUUCUAGAAAUCUACCAAACUCUAGCAUCCUGUUGCUCAACAUUCCAUUAAAAACAAGUGUCUUAUUGCAAUAUCCAAUUGACUUUCCACUAAUUGGUAUUUAAUGUCAAUAUCCAUUUGACAGUAUUAAGUUAUAUUUCUUUUUGGAAGACGCUUGCAGUUAUUUCUCUAAUUAUAUAAAAGAUUGGAGACUGUCAGUACCAGCUGUCCAUGUACUUAAAAAAAAACAUACAGAAGCUGAUGUCUGCAAGGAAGCCAAGAUUAAAAGCUUAUAGCAUACUUAUAUUUAUUAAUGUAUUUAGAUACAGGGUUCCAUUAUUUUCCAAUGAAACCCAUACCUCUUCAGCCAGUGACUUGGCUGAGACUGCAAGGGACUUGAACAACUGUGUUUUUAGUUUCCCUUGUUCUUAAGUAAAGCAAGAAGUUUGGUAAAAUUUCAUUGCACCAGUUUCUGUACAGCAGUCAGGCUCAGUUUUAGAGUUCUCUUACUGAGGAGAGAGGUAAUAUUUGUAGGAGAUGUGCCUAGAGAGAGAUUAUAACUUAGAAAAAGCAUAGCCAAGACUGAAUAUUGAAUUUCAUGUCUGCUAUAAUUUUAUUACCAAUUAGUUUUAGUAUUACUAGUCUAAGUGCCAGAGUGCAAAUGUAUGAAGCUAUGUAAAUUAAUGAUAACUUUGCAUUAUAUUCUAGAUACCAUGUGAACAUUGUAAAUGCCAGGAUAGGAACAGAUUAUUAUUAAAUUAUAAAAUGGAAUACUUUUUAUACUCAAAUAAAAAAUAUUUUCUAAACUGCAUUUGAAUUGUAAUUAAAGAUCAAGGUUGAGGCCUGGCUCUUGGAUUUAGUGGUUGGUAGCCUCUCGAAACUAGUCUUCAGAAUAUUUAAUUAUAUUUUCAGUCUGCAUUUCCACCCAGGAGCUGGUUAGUAUACCACAUAGCUUUCACACCCCUCCAUUUUAACAUUACAACAAACUUGUGAGAGAUUUGGUUAAAAGACUGGUAAGCUCAACAGAAUGAAGUUCAAGGUGGAGGGAGAUUUGAACCUGGGUCUUCACUGUCUCAGUGUACUGUAAUACAGUGGUUCCCAUCAGUAUAUUGGAAUAUAUAGUCCUAGUAUGGAAAUUCUAAAGAGGGCUGUAAAACAUUUUUGUAGAGGUGGAACCGUUCCACCUUUGGAGGCUGGUCUUCUCAUUAAGAGGUGGAACCAAUGUAUUGAAUGGUACCUCCAGCGGUGCAAUUCCUGAUUGCAGACCAGCUCUCGCUAGUAGCAGAGCAACAGGUUUAAAUUCUCUUUGAAGAAAUGUAACUCUGUUACAUUUGAAAUUUCUUCUUCUUACCUAACACAUCUUAAAGUUCAUGAUGGGGAAGGGAUGGUGGUUCUUUUCUCCUACCCUUCCCUGUGUUUUUUCAUUUAUUUUAUUUAUUUAUUUUAUG